UCAGAAGUUUCGGAAAUGGUAGCUCGCAAAGCACUCCACGAUUUCCCUUCCCUUCCCACAUCAAAAUCCAAUUUCAAAGCUUGUCUCGUGUCUCGUUCCGUUGACUAAAAGCAUUCAUCGCCAAAUUUGAGAGUUUGAGUCUGAUUUUUUUCACCUCGCAUCGUCUUGCUAGGAACUUGUUGUUCAAUUAAACAAGAGUAUUUACCACAACUUGAGGUUUCUAAUUCGAUUUUAUUCAUCUCAAAUUGCCUUGUUAUGAGUUGGCUGAUUAGUUAAACUCGAGAUCUCAAACUUCUUUUUCUCCACCCUAUCGUCUUGUCGCUAAUCUGAACCUGAAGUCACAAGUUCAAUUUUCCCCUAACCCCAUAUACACACACACACACACAUAUAUAUAGAGAGAGAGAGAGAGAGAGAGAGAGAGAGAGAGAGAGAGAGAGAGCUCAACCGUGAAACUUCAUCUUCUAAAAAUGAAGGACAACGACUCACCGACACUGAUAACAAUCCCAUCAUCAACGGUGAUCAGGAAGGACACCUCGUCGUCGUUGUCGUCGAAAGCCGGAGGCUUUCUCGACAAGAAUCGCUACAAGAUCUCAGUUUUAGCUGCGAUUCUCCUCCUCGCUUUCUGGUCAAUGUUCACGGGGUGCGUCACCCUCAAAUGGUCCGCCGGCAACUUAUCCCACCUCUCCGACGACCUCGAUAUCCCGACCUUCGACGAUCUCGACAUUCUAGAGGUGGAGGAGAGAGAGAAGGUAGUGAGGCAAAUGUGGGAUUUGUACACGCAGAGCAGCAGCAGCAGCACGAGUCGACUGCCGCUGUUUUGGCAGGAGGCUUUCGAGGCGGCGUACGAGCAUUUGAGCAGCGACGUUGCUGCCGUUCGAGACGCCGCCGUUUCGGAGAUUGCCAAGAUGUCCAUCCGCUCCAUCGUUCUUGAUCCCAUCCCACUUCAAUCAACGAACAUAAGAGAAAUGCAGAAGAAGAGAUCCAAGAAAGCGGAUGAAGGCAAGAAGGUGACUACAUUACGAAGUAGUGGCUAGAAUUCUCCGUUUCAAGUGCUCGCCGUCGAGCUCAGUGCUUAAAGUUUCGUCGGAGAACAGUGAACACGCGCCGGGACUAUGUGCACGGUUUAUACAUAAUUAGGGUUCAGGUCAAUCCCCUUCUCAGAUAAAAAGAAAAAGAUCCAUAUAUGAAAACUUGUCUCUGAAUUGUCCUCCUGUGAACCCCAUUAGUUGGGGAACUUGGGACAUUAGAAAAUCCAAUUAAUUGGAAUUUGAUUUACUAGUAUAUUUUAUUUUUAAUUAAGAGUAAUAAAAACAGUAAAUUUUCCGGUCC